AUGGCCGAUCAGAAAACCCCGUCAGCAGCCUUUCUGGGCGUUACAACGGCCAUAGAAAGCGUCGCAUUUCUCUUCCAAACAUAUCAUAUGAUACUAGCUAUUCGGGUGGCCUGGUUCGAAAACCAUGUGGUACCACCGUCAACAGAUUCACCAUCGCAGACCACCCAAGUUGAUCGCGGCGGAACAUGGUUCGACCGAAUCAUUGCGAUUAUCAUGAUACUGCUGUGGCUUUAUGGGGGGUUCAAUAUUGCUUUGGCGUUGUUGUCCGGACGUGACGGGCAACUUGCUUUUCAGUUUUGUGUUGCAACGGUGGAUACGGUUUUCUUUAGUGGGGGUUCCAUAUAUUUGUGGUUGGUGGUGAGACGAUUUGGAGUCGUCUAUGGUGCUGUGCGAGUUGGUAUAAAUCCCAAAUGGUUCAAGGCAUUUGAGAUCCUAACCAUUUGCUGUAUGACGCUGUCGGCGGGUCCUGUCGUCCUCUUUGACUGGGUAGCUGUCUUUCAACGUCACGACAUUCCCGAGUGGCAGCCGGACGGAAGCUCGACCAAUGGCGUUGUUUUGACGUUUAUUUACAACACUUUUGUUCUCCUUGUCGAUUGCGCGGUGUCAUUAAUACUCUACGUGACGUUGAAAAAGGCCGUCGCGGAACUACGUGAUGUCAUGAAACCUGGGAUACAGCCAUGGAACGACCCGAGUAGCGCGCUCAAGCCCGCUUUGUCAAAAGAGAUGGUGCAAGUUGAGCAACAACCCGCAACGAUGUCUAUCUUAUCCCCACCACUCAGAACAAAGCACCAUAAUUUAAGUAACGUGAGCAUGCUUCGAAGUACGGGAGUCGGUGUCACAUGGCUAGUCAGCAUCAGCAUAGUCGGAGCCAUACUCGCCAUUGUGGACAAUUUGCUCAUUCAAGAUCAGCUAUCGCUUGCUCACGGUGUUUUAUUACAUUUGGCCUGGACGACGCCAAUUUGGCAUGCCCGAUUUGCUUGGAUAUAUUUAGCUUCUGUCAAAGAUCUCGUUAAGGAGAUGUCUAACCGACACCCUCAAUCUUAUAAGGACUGACGAGGAGAUAUCUCGCGUCGUUCGCACGACAGCUGAUGGUGUAAUGCCGGAACUGAUCCAUAAUUGGUUAUGUAUGCAACUUUUUCCGUCAGAAUACCUUGUAUUCAAUUAAUAGAUAUCUACUAGUAUACACCUCCCGAACCAAAAUAUUCAUAGACUAACUACAAAAUACAU